CAUGCCUCCCAAAAGCUUUGUGUGGGGUUGCAUCAAUGAAUUCACAAAAGAAUUUUCACAACACAAUGGAUGACAACUUGAUCAAUAACUACCUCAAAAUUGUACAAACAGUCGUCCCGAAAAAUGAUGUGACGGGUAACCAAAAAAAGAAAACAAAGAAGAAGAAAAAGAAGACCAAGGUUCGAGAUAAUGAUUUGGACUCUUCUGAAGAAUCGGUAGAAUCAAACGCAUCGUCCGCAGAGGAACUUUCUCAAGAUGAUCUGGAACACAUGAGGGAGAAAGCACGGGUGGAAAAAUGGAUGAGAGACGACGAAGAUGACCCAGAACCAAACUGGUGGGAUAUUUUACCUCCGAAUCGUCCAUACCACCCGAUCGAUGAAAUUCCACCAAAUCACUACAGUGAUAGUGGUUCUUGGUCUAGUUUUUCUCCUUUCAGAGUGUCCAAGGGGCUGACUUCCUUCUUUGGCUCCAUAUUGCCCUCGAUAUCUUGGGGGCUUGGGAAUAAACCCGACGUUUUCUCAGACGAUCCAUUCUUUCAAGAGUUUCGUGGCUUUAAAGGCAGAAGCAUUGGCGAUGAUGAUAAAAGAAGCUUCAGUUGGCUGUUUGGCAAGAGUGGAGCAGUCGGUCAAACCGGGGGCGAUAUCCCAACCAGUGGAGGAGGAGGAGCACUUGAUACGAUCCAUCAUCGCAGAGGACCUGAUAAAAUUAGUAAGAGAAGGAAUUACAAAGGCAAGAGCAGUAAAAACAAGAACAACAGAGCUCGAAAGGGACACUCGAACGAGGAAGCGGACAAUCCGGCGGAAAAAUUUCAGUUAGCAAUCGAAAUAGGGAAACAGAUGGAGGACCCGAAUGAAUGCAAUUUUGUCUUUACUGGAUGUCCAUUCUCCUAUUUAGAAAUUAUUGAAAUUAUCGAAUCUUCAAAAAAAUCUGCUGCACAGGAAAUAGGGCAGGAUGACAAGCAACUUAAUUACUUGGAAAUUUUUGGAUUGGGCAACAAUUCGGAUUUGUCAAAUACUCAUUAUUUCCCAACCACAAGCGACAGACUGGAAAUUAACUUGAAAAUUGCCGAUAAAAACGUUGCAACUCUGAUCCCACAUUCCAGUAAUUUAAGAAAUCCGGAUGACGAUUUUACCCUGGAGAUCUCCACUGCACCCUCGAAUACGAAUAACCUUCAGGUGGAGUCUCAACCUCCCACGGACGCCAUCAAUCAUCAUCAUGCCCCCCUUCCUACAAUGUUCCGCACGGAUGUGCUGCAGGGCGAAAGCGUUAAUAGCAAUGUUGGUGGUGGAGGCAGUGAAGAUGACUCCGUUGAGCAUAACCUUAUCAGACCUCAAACCACAAUCAAUCCCAAAAUAACAAAGAGACGCAAGUCCAAAGGUCCUGCAAGGAUUAACACCAGGCAACAAUGGGGUUCAAAGCAUGGGUUAAAGUUAGCACCACUGGUCAAGCAUUCUUCAUCUCCUACAAUCCUUCGACAAUCACAACAACUGCAUACGCACACCAAGUACAAACAUAUCCCAUUACCCACAACGAUUAACAAACCCUCUCAUGUCAUUAACUAUCACUUUCAUAAUACCAACACACAUCCACAAGUGAGUCAUAAUCCACAACAGUUGUCCGUCCAUAGCUACCCACCACCAGCCACACCCCUUAAUAUUCAGCAACCGCAUUACUAUACUCAACAACCAGUUCAUCAAUCGACUUUAUCAUCCACCACAGUCGCAGCCCAAACGACGCCGUCAACCUCGUCAUCCGGCUUCCGGAAUGACCUUAAGUCGAAAAGACACAAGAAGAGGCGACGCAACAAACCAAAGCGCAAGAGGAAAAAUCCCGUUAGUGAAGAACGGAUUAUAAUUCGACUUCCAGAACCGACGCAACAACCGAACAACAACUAUUACAAUUUGUACCCUUUGCUCAACAACCCGACGUACAACUCGCCACCACCUCAACAACAGUCUCAAGCAGAUCAGCAGUAUCAUCACCAUCAUCAAAACCAACAUUACAGUCACCACAUCCCCCACCGACACUCCUCCCCUCAACCCACGUACUUUGCCCCACAGCAUCCAGGUUACCAGUCGCACCAGUCCUCGUACCCGUUUUACCCACAUUCGCCUCUGAUGCCACCAGGAAUAUUUUCAUACGUUUUAGGGAAAAAAUGAACACAGUUUAUUUAUUUAUUAAAUGAUUGAUUGAUGAA